ACUUUAUCGGAUUCUUGUGUUACAGUUGUCGGGUACGUAUCCAUAUAAGUUAUUCACAGCCCAAAAUGCAUUUCUGCUCGGUUGAGUAUCGAUUGUAUCCAUUGUGUUUAGCAAAGUCUGACUAUCUAUUUGAUUUGGUAGAAAAAAUAGCUUGAUAAGUGCUAAAAAUAUUUCACCAUGAUUUCCCGUGGUUACUUAAAAUUCCACGGCAUGACAACAGCUGAGAGCAUCCGCAAUGGAUAUUUGUGCUAUGUAUCUACCAGAUGUUCCUGAAUGAAUUAAAUAUCUGUCGGAAAGAUACGUUAAGGCAAACCAUUUAAUCUUCACUUAGAAUUCACUAACUCGAUUACUUAUUAAAUCAAGGUUCAGUGGUGAUAUUCACAAUGCGCUCCACGCUUCGCUUGCGCGGUUCAAAAUGCUAAACAUAAAUAUGAGGAUUAGGCAAAUCAAUAGUUCACAUUCCAAUUUGGAAUAGGUUACUAAGCUAUCGUUGCUUGUGCCUUCUCUUUAAAGCCCUGAUCCUUUUGUAUCCUAAGUUUACUUUAUGAGUAGUAUUUAGUUCCACUUCUCAGACAGGAAGCUAUUCUAAUCGAUGGUAUUUUUGGCUGCGUCUUCAUAAAGCUCAGCGGUCUGUAAUUGAUUUUUAAAGGGGAUUUGGAACACACACCGAUGUGACACAUGUGUUUGAUGCAAUUGAUGUAGUGCGUUGAUAUCUGGCUUGUCACAGACCACGAAAGAAUGAAUGAUGACAGAUAUGAGCCAAAACGUGGCGAUGGAGAGAAAUAAAUCGAUAGAAAUGAACUCAAAAAAGCUUCCUUGUGAUAAUGAUCAAUCCCGCAAACAGCGCGAAACUAAAAUUUACAUGCAUGUAUACGAUUUGCGGAAAUACGUGAGGAAAUAUAAAUGUUAAUUAUGCUAAGAUCGAGCGACAGUUAACACGCUAACGCACGUUUAAAUUCUACAGCAGUCUAAAAGGAAGUUAUUUGUUAUGAAAUAUAAUCACUUCGAUAUCACAAACCUAUUCGCUCAUUUUCUACGUUUCGAUUGACUGAACUUUUAGGAAUUCUACUGCGAAAAUGGACAAACAGUGCUCUUGGUAAUAUAAACGGUAAGUUGCCCUGUGCUCAUUUGGGUUGCAGCAGUGCCUUUUCGUGUUAUUUUUGAAAGUAUUAUAUAUUUUUCUUGCUGUCAAUUAUAACACAAAACAAAAAGCGCUAUCAGAACUGCGAAAGAUGUUUGAUUCUUGGAGUGAAUUUCAAGAGUUACGAUGUAUAUUCAAGUUCGUAGUUGCCGUACAUUCAUACAGCAGAGAUCAAAGUAAAAUGAUUAUAUUUUCACGAGGCGACUAUCUUGAUAUCAAUGAGCAGAACUGAGGUAAUCUUUAAAACUGGUUGUUUCGCAAUGAAGUGACCUGCCUUUUGUUGGUUACUUGGGGAAACUUUCUAAUUAACGUAAUUUCCCCUUUAUGAGUGCCAUGUGCUCAAUCUUGCUCUUUUUAAUAUUUGAUUAUUUCAUUUGUUUCCUUCUUUGGUCCACCAUGCAGUUAGGCUGGUCGAAGGAAAUGGGCUUAAUAGAGGUCGUGUUGAAAUCUUGUACAACGGUGUCUGGGGAACAAUUUGCCAUGAUUAUUGGGAACUGCCGGAUGCUAAUGUACUCUGCCGCCAACUGGGUUUCGAAGGUGCCCUUGUGGCACUCCGUUCUGCUGCUUAUGGAAAAGGGACUGGAGUGAUAUGGUUGGAUGACGUUGAAUGUAAAGGAAAUGAACUCUCAAUUUCCCAGUGUGGACACAAGGGAUGGGGAAUUGGGAACUGUGAUCAUAGCCAAGAUGCUAGUGUGAUUUGCAUUCCAAUUGGUAAUUUGCUAAAACUCGAUGUUGGAGGAAUUAUUAUGAAUGUCAUAUCUUUCUUGCCUUCGAUAAACCAGGGUUUAGUGCGAGAGUUCAGUGCUAUAUAGAAUUCUCACGGAAAUGUUUCGUACAUUUGUUUAUUGAACUCCUUCGGUUAGUUCUCAGUCGCUCGUUUAUUGAAUUUCUUCGGUUAGGUGGAAAUUGUUAUGUUUUGGAACAGACAUACAACAGAGCAUCCCCUUUGUUUACAUUUUUCCUCAUCUGAUCUAAAUUUUUUUGUUUCCAACAGUCCGUUUAAGUGAGGGAGUGUUCUCCCACAAAGGUCUUGUUCAAGUUUACCAUGGCAGAACAUGGGGCUGGAUCUGUAAUCAGGGUUGGGACAAACAAGAUGCUGACGUAGUUUGUAGAGAGUUGGGAUUAACAAAGGCUUCCAUGGUUUAUAGCAGUUUAGAAGAUAAAGGUGGCGUUAUAUGGAUGAAAAACAUACAGUGCAUUGGCAAUGAAACAUCACUAGUCUUAUGUGACCAUAAGAACUGGAAGAACCAUAACUGCACAAAUGGUCACCUCGCGGGUGUGGAGUGCAGAGUACCUGAGGGUAAGAGUAUCGCAUUCAAAGAAUAACAAAUAAGAGAAUUAUUGUAUAGUUUUGUUUCUUAUCUCCACGAAGAACGAUUCUUAGAUGUUGGCUUAUUACCACUCAAACUUCUCUGUACCUGAUUUUAAACCUUGGUACAGCCUUUGGCCUGAGGUUUUUCCUUUGCACCUUGACCAAUGAUCAGAUUUAAUCAAAGAGAAAACGCAAUUUGCACUUUGUCGCGUCGGUGGAAGUAUCAUAGUCUCGUAGCAAAAUUCUCCUCUAAACAAGUAACAAUUGCAAGUAUCCAUAUAAUCUUCAAGGUCCCUUUUUGCAAUUUUCCACUGGAAAAAAUUCCACAAAUUCAGCUCUCUUUAUUUAUCCUAAAAUUGAUUCACAGAUUUAGAGGUGUGACCUGGCUUACAAAUUCGAUACUUUAACCGACCAAAUCAGUUUUUAUGGCAAUUGAGCAGAAUCAUGAACUCUAACGAAAGCGAUUUUUAAUUCCUUGUAAUGUUGACAACGUUCGAACAGAUGCUUUAGGCUUGGCAACUAAUUCUUAUCAAACCAGCAAAGAUCAAUUAACAUGAAGAAGGGUUUUUAACUUUCAUAUGAAGUAACUGUGACAUCUGAACGGUAAACAUUUUAUAUCCCCAGUAAGGUUAGUUGGCGGAACUGCCUCAUAUGAAGGUCGCGUCGAAAUAUCCUAUGACAGCACCUGGGGAACAAUUUGUCAUGAUUACUGGGAACUGCCAGAAGCUUCUGUUCUCUGCCGUCAAUUGGGAUUUGAAGGAGCGCUUCUUGCUCUUCGUUCUGCUGCUUUUGGACAAGGGUCAGGGAUCAUAUGGAUGGAUGAUGUCCACUGUGUUGGAAACGAAACAGUGAUAACCCAGUGUAAGCAUAAGGGUUGGAGAGUGACAGAUUGUGAUCACAGCAAAGACGCCGGUGUGAUCUGCGCACCGAAAGGUAAGUACACUCUAACCCUUGAUAACUGUAAUUUUACCUCAAGUGAGUAGUCCUGUUUACCCUUCACUGAGUUUCAACGGCCUCUUAGCCUAUAAUGAUUCAAUGCAAGUUUCAACAAGUUUUGUUGCUGUUGUUGUUGUUGUUGUUGCUUUGUUCGGUUUUCAGAAACUGUACGAGAUUCUUUUUAUAGGGUUUGAUCCCUGUGGAGCCUGUAUUAAGUGGUCAACCUGUAUCAAGCGGUACCUCGCCAUGCCCUGCUUUAUGUAAACAGUAGAUGUUUCUUGAAUAACAUUAUGUACAUUAUGCAUUAUGUAAGUCGUUAGUAUUUAGUUAGUAUGACGGAUGUAGAGCUAUCAUGUAGAAAUACUGUCAAUAAAUCGUAAUUAUUAUUAUUAUUAUUAUUAUUAUUAUUAUUAUUAGCAUUAUUACUUCUCCCGAAUGUUCAUGCUUACAGAAAAUCAAAAUUUUUUGUCAUUAGGUCAGAUACUGUACUUACAACGCUACUACCGACACAGAUGCAUUUUCUUAAGUUAUAUCAUAGCAUAUGACUGUACAGUUCAUGUGGAAGGUUCUUGCAUGGGGAAUGACAUUUCAAUUACCUAAGCAAGCUUAAAUCACCAGAAUUGCAAGCCAAGGUGUAUGUACCAAGUCCUAAAGUUUUAAAAUUAAUCACUAAUUAUGAAAGUGGAAUUCACUCCUCUUUGAGGCUUUGACUUUAGCCUGGUCAUCCUGUUACAUGUGAAAGCAUCAAAUGUUUCUCGCAUAUUGAAAUAAUUACCUUGAUGAAAAUUUAUAAUUUUUUUUAAAUAACCUGCUUCCUUUAACCCAUUAACUCCCACGUAUAACCAAGACAGAAUUUCUUUUUACAAUAUAAAUACAAUAUGUAGCAGACAAGUGAUGAGAAUAAGGAAAAAUAUUAAUUAGAGGAUUAUUAAUUUACCUAAUACCAAAUUCUCGAAACUAACAUCACAAGAAGAAUAUGGCAGGCAGUAAGGAAAAUUGCUAUUGAGAUCUUGGGAGUUAAAGGGUUAAUUGUGCUCCAGAAAUAAUAAAUGGCAUUGGAGAGAAAGGAUAAAAGUUCUUGAAACAUUCUAUGUUAAAUGAAACGUUGUUAUCAAUGUUUACCCUUUAACUCUCAUGAGUGACCAAGAAAUAAUUUUUCCCUACAAUGUCAAUACAAUGUUAACCAGAUAAGAGAUGAGAAUAAAGACAAAUCAAUUUGGGGAUAAUUAGUUGAUCUAAUACUAAAUUCUCUGAACUAACAUUAUAAGAAUUGUAUGAUUGACAGCAAGAAGAAUUACAAAGUUGAUCUGGGAGUCAAAGGGUUGAUUGGGAUGGAAACCAAAACAUCUGUGAGGCUAAAAUAAUAAUUACCUUUCCAUAUAAACAAACCACGAUGAAGCAUGAUGUGAAAUAUUUUUAAUCUCACCCAGUUUGAAUGUAGUAUCCAAAGUCUAAUUAACUUGUGGGAAAUAGGAAAAAACUUAAGGUUUUUUCUUGCUUCUGUCAUUCUAAACAUCACAAAACAAUCCCACCACCCAUUCAGUGUGAUUUUUUGAUGAUGUGUACUUUAUUUUAUGGACAUCUAUUCUUAGUGUCUAUCUUUUACCAGCUGACAUCCGAGAAGAAUCAAGUCUACACUGGUAAUUUGACACAUUGCAGGCAAACUCUACAACUGAUUAAAUUUUUAUUUGAUCAAAAACAUGAAGGGCAAUAGAUGAAAUUAGCUGGCACAAUUCAAGUUUCUCUUCUUAAAUAUUCUGUGAUGUUUCUUCUAUCAUAUGAUAAAGUUUACAGUUUCCCUCACUUUACUGUCUUUUGUUCAUUUGUUUGUUUUCUUUCCAAACAACCUUAACUAUUGUUGCCAGCAAAUGUGAGGAGCAUAUAAAAUGUGUACAGUUAUUAAAAUUUUAAUCCCUGAGAGUGACUAGUGUCCAAUUUCUCCUUUGGAUAUCAUUCCUGAAAUAAGCAUUAAGGUCAAGAGUAUAAAGGAAAUGAUAAACAACUGAAGACCCUCUUGGUUGUUAAACAUAUUCUCCUUGUCAGCACAUUAGGAGAUGUAAGGAGAAUAGCAUGGAGCAUAUGCAUACUGAUGUUAGGGUGUUAAGGGUUAAAGAUAUCAUGUAAUCAGUUUUAUAUAUGUAGAGUAUCGCUUGCAUAUAUAACUGUGGUAAGUGCAAGUGCCUACUAAACAUCAUUCUAUGGUCUUCCACGCAUCCACCUUGGAGGGUGCCUUGUGUACAUAAAAUCGAAGUUCAGUGUCUUUGGUAGCUUUUAUGGCUACAAAGAUAAAAAAAAAACAACACCCACACCAAAAAAAAUCUUUUAAAUACACCUCUACAUUGAUAAGUACAUACAACUGACAAUUGUUUGAAUGAAGCAUGUCAAGCAUUAAGGUAUGAAUGUCAAUUUGCUUUUUGUUACUUGCAAACAGCGCAUUCCUAUCUGCUUUGGAAACUUCUGUAUCCUCACUUUCAAAGAAAAGCAUUUCUCAUGAAAAUUUAAACAUAAAAGCCAUAAGCUACCAGCAACAGGUUUUUCCAUUGUUUCAUAACAUCACAUUAUCAUCAUGUUUUUAGUUACAUUUGAAGCAUAAGAAAAUUUUAAACAUUACAAUAAUACAUAGAUUUGGCCAAGCCAAAAAGUGGAACUCUCAUAAGUUUAUAUUCUAGCCCUUCAUUAUAAUGAAUAAAAAAUGUAAUAAAACUCUUUAUCACAGCCUGUAGAAAAGUUUCUUCAAGGAUAUUCAAAGACCAGUUCGGGGGAUGGGAGGGAGGGGGAGGUAGAAUUGACGAGGUCUGGAACCUGGGGACGAUGUUCUCACAACUUGCAAAGCGAUCAACACGCAUGCUAGGCAGCAGUAUCUUCAAAAAGCUUUGAACUUUCGUUGUUGUUCGUGAUGUUUUAAGCAAAUUUUCGAAGAUAGGGAAUGUUUUCUUCUUCAGAUGAGGUGUAUGAUGUCAGCAUCAGUCGAAAUUAUAUUAUAUUGAGCGUGACGUACAGUUUCAGUUUGGGAAAAUGAGCCAGAAUUGAAGGAAACGACGGUAAACUACUUUGUGUUAAGACAUCACUGGUUGAUUGAAGUGUAUACACGUGAGCACAAUGAGUCUGUAAAACAAUACGCCAGAAUCGUAUAGGCUUCUCCUAUAUCUUCUCUUGAAAGGUGGAAUAGUUGCAACAUGCUAAAAUGAAAUGCAACAAUAAAUUUUAUUGGUAUGUAAAAAGUUUUCAUUUGGCUAUUCUAUUUCAAUCCAACCAUCUUCCACAGCUUGUAAAUACCAUUACAAAAUAACUAGUCAAGGAAAUAGAAAAUUUGUGGCAUAUGCACCAUGUUUGAAAUGCCAUGUCCAUAAUAAGCUACAUAUAACAUGAUUGAGGAGGGUGCAUUUGGGAGUAGGCUAUCUUACCUGUAUCAUUAAUUUGCUUAUUGCUAUUUUUGGCAAUGUUUUGAUGAGGUUAGGCCGUCAGGGUAAAAGAACUAAGGAUUUUAGUCGGUAGUAACUUUUUUUCAAACCAGGAAACUGUCAUCGUGAAUACCAUACUUGUGCCGGGUAACUCAUUCCUAUUCUGAUGAACUAGUUUUAAGAAGGAUACAAAGUUUUAUUACUUGGAUUUGAUGCAUAGGCUGUGCACAGGACUUUCAUUUGACUUAAUUUUAUAGCCAAUGCCAAUCCCUACACAUCAUAGAAUGUUAGGAGGAUCAGAGGAAAAAAUUAUGUUCCAUACAUCUACAAUAUUUCAUGUAAUUAUUUCAAUUACAUGAAUUGUAACUACAAGAUCUAAAAAUGUUCAAAAGAAAAGAAAAGUUGGUUGAAAAAUCAGAAUUUAGCAUACGCCGCAUAAUCAAGAUUCUUAGAAAAAGAAAUGUGUACUACUGAAAAAGCUAAACAAACAUUUUUACAACACCUGCCUGUAGUAAAAUCAUUCAAAGUAGUCAUAAUCCCGGUUUAUAUGUUGAAAACACAUGCACUUGCAGAUUUCCUCUAAACCUGUAGUUCAAGCCUGGGAUGACUUUGUGAUUUUGAUGUACGCCUAAAAAGGAGAACAAACAAAUUUUGAGUUUCCAUUUAUUCAGUUUACAUGUUGGUUAGUCAGGUAAAAUUGAGUCAAACAUUUAUACCACGACAAUGCAAGUUCAAGAGGUAAGAGGCAGGCUUUUCUUUCUUCAUUUAAAGAAAUACUGAGGUUAUCUUCUUUCCACUAGCUCAGUAGAAAGUGAGAUUCAAUGAGACUGAUAGUGACUAUGUUAUUUGGAUAAAUAUCCAAAGGAGGAUAAAAAGUAAGAUGUCGUCUACACACUUCUCUUAUUUUAAUUUUUAACCUUUAAACUUAAGGCAUUUAUAUCCUUGCUUUAUGCGUUAUGUGAAUGCAAAUUAAGUUAACUUUCUUACGUCAAAAUACAAAAAUGUUCUUUUCAUCGAUGUGCCCUAAACAUUGCAGGGGAGGAGGUAGGUCAAAGUAAGGACAUGGAUUAAAAUAGGAGGGUCCCCAUUAGUUUCAGUCCUAAUUAAAGGAGGAUCUUUGCUUCUCCAGAUUCCCACCCCUUAAAACUCAUUCAUCUUAUGACCAUUUCCUUAUAUCAAUGUUUAGUUUGGGUAUGAGCAUUGGUAAGAAACACCAUGCAUUAAUGAAAGCUUGAGCAACAGUAUUUAAUGAAAUCUAAAUAACAAAGGAAGUCAUGUUGUUAUUGCUUCUCCAGAUUCCCACCCCUUAAAACUCAUUCAUCUUAUGACCAUUUCCUUAUAUCAAUGUUUAGUUUGGGUAUGAGCAUUGGUAAGAAACACCAUGCAUUAAUGAAAGCUUGAGCAACAGUAUUUAAUGAAAUCUAAAUAACAAAGGAAGUCAUGUUAUUGACUCACCUGCUUUAACUUUUGCAGGCUUAAGGUACAGAGAAAUAGAUAUGGUAGACAGUUCCAAUUAAUACAAAGUUGAAAGUUUGAAAGCUAAAAGAUAUACAUGACAAUCUUCAGACCCUAAGCUUCCUUGCAAAAAAAAAAGGUCAAUUACCACCAUAACUUCUCCCAAACUUUCAUGCCUACAGGAAAUCAUUAAUUUUUGUCAUUAGGUCAGAUGCUAUACUUACAACACUACUACCGACACAAAUGCAUUUUCUUAAGUUAUAUCAUAGCAUAUGACUGUACAGUUCAUGUGGAAGGUUCUUGCAUGGGGAAUGACAUUUCAAUUACCUCAGCAAGCUUAAAUCAUUAGAAUUGCAAUCCAAGGUGUAUGUACCAAGUCUUCAAGUUUCCAAAUUAGUCACCUAAUUGGUAAAGUGGAGUUCACUCCUUUUUGAGGCUAUCUUCAGCUUGAUCAUCCUGUUACAUAUGAAAACAUCAAAUGUUUCUCACAUAUUCAAAUAAUUAUCUUGAUGAAAACUUAUAAUUUUUUAAAUAACCUGCUUCCUUUAACCCAUUAACUCCCGUGUGUGACCAAGACAGAAUUUCUUCUUGCAAUGUCGAUACAAUAUCAAGCAGACAAGUGAUGAGAAUAAAGAAAAUAUUAAUUAGGAUAUUAUUAGUUUAUCCGAUGACAAGUUCUCAAAACUAACAUCACAGGAAGAAUAUGGCAGACAGUAAGGAGAAUUACUAAUGAGAUCUUGGGAGUUAAAGGGUUAAUUGUGCUCCAGAAAUAGUAAAUGGUGCUGAAGAAAAAGGAUAAAAGUUCUUGAAACAUUCUACGUUAAAUAAAACUGAAUGUUAAUUAAGAUGGCAACCAAAACAUCUGAUAAUCUGUAAUAACACUUUGUAUGGACAUCUAUUCUUAGUAUCUAUCUUUUACCAGCUGACAUCUGAGAAGAAUCAAGUCCACACUCACCGUCUGGAAAUUUGACACAUUGCAUGCGAACGCUACAACUGAUUAAAUUUCAUUUGAUCGAAAACAUGAAGGGCAAUAGAUGAAAUUAGCUAGCACAAUCCAAUUUUCUCUUCUUAAGUAUUCUGUGAUGUUUCUUCUAUCAUAUGGCAAAGUUUACAGUUUCCCUAAUUUUACUGUCUUCUGUUCAUUUGUUUGUUUGCUUUCCUAACGACCUUGACUAUUGUUGCCAGCAAAUGCGAGAAGCAUAUAAAAUGUGAACAAUUAUUGAAACUUUAAUCCCUCAGAGUGACUAGCAUCUAAUUUCUCCUUUCAAUAUCAUCCCUGAAUCAAACAUUAAGGUCAUGAGUAUAAAGGAAAUGAUAAUCAACUGAAGAACCUCGUGAUUGUUAAACAUAUUCUCCUUGUCAGCACAUUAGGAAAUGUAUAGAGAAUAGUAUGGAGAAUAUGCAUACUGAUGUUAGGGUGUCGAGGGUUAAAGAUAUCAUGUAAUCAGUUUAAAUGUGUAGACUAUCGCUUGCAUAUAUAACUGUGGUGAGUGCAAGUGCCUUGUAAACAUCAUUCGAUGGUCUUCUACUUAUUCACCUUGGAGGGUGCCUUCCGUACAUAAAAAUCGAAGUUCAGGGUCUUUAGUAGCUUUUUUGGCUACAAAGAUCAAUACAGAACAACAUCCACACCAAAAAAUCUUUUUAAAUACACCUCUAUAAUGAUAGCUACAUACAACUGACAAUUGUUUGAAUGAAGCAUGUCAAGCUUUAAGGUGACAGCUUAUUCCUACCAGCUUUGAAAACUUCUGUAUCCCCACUUUCAAAGAAAAGCAUUUCCCAUGAACAUUUAACAUUAAAUACAUAAGCUACCAGCAACAGGUUUUUCCAUUGUUUCAUAACAUCAGAUUCUCAUCACAUUUUUGUUAUAUUUGAAAGCAUAAGAAAAUUUUAACCAUUACGAUAUAAUGAAAUCCCCCAUUUUAACCCUUUAAGUCCCACUAGUGACCUAGACAGAAUUUGUCCUUACAGUAUUAGUACGAUAUCAAGCAGACAAGUACCGUAAUUUCCGGCCGUUUACCCGCGGUUAAUUUGUUGAUUUUGCAUGAAACGCGCACCACUGCGGGUAAUAGAGAGGUGCGGGUUAUGUGACAAUUAUAAAAUCUACUGGUAGUUGAAUUGAAAAAAAUUAUCACCAACAUGCGUUUCCACCUCUCAAAUGAAUUUUAUUGUAUUAAGAGUGCCACAAAGCGGCACGAAAACAUGAUGCCGACUCGAGUUUAUUUCACGCAUAAUUAGUUGCGUGACGAACAAAUUGCCAUCGACACGCGUGAAAACAAAACCUUGAUGGUGACAAAAAUAAUCCAAAGAUAUCCGGCGCAUCAGUAACAAAUUUCCAUUUAACACUAGCUUGAGCUAAAUAUAAUUUUUCCGUUUUAACCGGAGAUAUCAAUUUUUUCUGAAAUCGCCGACAGUACUUUAUAAUUCAAGUUUUAACACUCACCCAGAUUUCUUUCAACAAAUUAACAUGGCGCUGACGAUCCCUCGCACAAAAUGUGGCCACAAUUUCGUAUUCUUUAAAGCAUGAAACGAUGAGAUUUGGGCAUAGACCGCUAGUGUUUUUACUGUAUAAUUUUAUCAAUAAAGUACAUGCUAAUAUUGACACAGAAUUGGGAACGCGUCUGAAUUUCUUUGACCUUUAAACUCGACAAAGACGCUUUCAAGUUUUCGAAAGCUAGGCAGACAACUUUUAAAAGACUGAAAUGUAUCACUUUAAUGUCACGUUUUCGCCACCAAAAAGUUGAAUAAUGGUUGAUCCAAUUCCAAUUCUCCAACCUAAUAUCAAAUAAAUUGUAUGGCAGACAGUAAGGAGAGUUAUCAAUGAAAUCUUGAGAGUUAAAAGUAAUCGUAUGUACCAGAAAGACAGCCAAUAAGCGCAACAACUCCAGUAAAGUGUUCUUAUGUACAAUGAAGUUUCAAACUCAUUGAAAUUAAGUUGACUUCACGAUUCAGAUUUUAGUUAAAGCAAUGUGUAAUAUCUCUUAACAUGGAUAAAAAGACCGAUGUGAUUUUAUUUAUAAACUGAAGCUAAUAUCAAACGACGAUUGGUGAAAAAUGUUCAAACUUUUCUGAGCCUUAGCGUGAGAGAAAAUUCAGAUAAGACAUGACUUACCUCCUCUUCAUUCUCGGAUCCUUUAUAGUUCGCUUCUCUUUGUUGAUGACCUCAUUUCAGUCUGUUUUUAGGAGCGUCUUUGUAUUUCCUUCUCGCGUUGCUCUUCACCAGAUAUUCGCCUUUUACUUAUGUCUUUUAUUGUUCACUUUUGCGUUCCUCUCCCCGUAUUCUGCCUGUCCUUUCUUACUUUCUUGCGCGUUUUUCUCAACUCGCUUUACUCCUUUCACCUCUUUUUUUUUUUCGGUCGCUGUGUCUCUUUCUUUUCAGCUUAUUUUCACUCAAAACCCUUCCGCCAUGAGCUUGAAUUAUGACAAUUUCCUCCCGCUGUCAAAGUUUUUGCUCUGCUGGUAUUGUUGUUUUGCGACUUGGUUAGAAAAUGCAAAAUACUGAGAAUUACUGUCCAACUGCAACCUCACCAGUUUGAUUUCCCGCCCAAAACAUUGGUUGUAAAUUAUUUGCUUACGCGGCUUCAUAGCUACUAGCCUACGUAAAGCCCUCGUGAAAUGCCUAACCAUGUGCCUGCGGUACGCUGCACUGAAGCUCGACACUCAGGUAUGCGCACUUCAUUGUCUUCUGCCGGUAUCUCCUGGCGCACACUGAUGGGUAUCCAAGUUACGCACGCAAUCGUUCCUGUGCAUUACCUUCUCACUCGCUCUUCCAUUACGUAAUGGGUAAGAUAGUGCCUGUGGUACAGUUGGCUGCGCAUGCGAAAAGUAGCUCCUUGUACGGUCGGUCGCACAGUGUCAAGUCCAAAUUUAAUCGGCUUGAUGGGUUACUACUAGUUCGUAUAAUUAUGGGGCUACGAUGCGCGCGCUGCGAGCUCUGCUAUAACGUAAGCAGUGCUGUUGCUGUUGCGUCACGUCUGCUCUGUCCAUAAUUAUAAAUUAUUUGCUUCUAGGUAUGGAUAGGUUGUUAACUAACUCACCGCGGAUAAUACAUUUAUGUUUAAAGAUGCCUUAGGCCUGUGGCUAAUUCUUACGUAGGCAAUCAUGGAGAAGGGAACCUUGGCCUACCUCACUCGCAUCAUUUGGUUGUUUAAUGCUCUUGUGAUGUUAUUUCAAAGACACGUUUGAUGAUACGUACCACAAUGCUUUAGAGCAUAAAUGAAUGUACCGGUUGAAAAAAAAAAUCUAAAAAAAAGGAAAGAAGAAAAAAACCAACAAAAAAAUGGCAUUGGUGACAAACACCACAAAAUUCUCCUUUCAGUCUUGUAUGGAUGGCCGGAUCGCACUCAUUCCAAAAUGUUUCUUUUCGGAAGAAGGGACCCUUCUUGAUGUGGGUCUAAAAUUGCAAUAAUUAUACUUGGGCCGAGUUGUUCAAGGGGCGGGUAAUGCUAUCGAACGGAUAAAUGGCUAUCCAGUGGAUGAUUUUCAACAAAGUAUACUGCUCUAUCCACGUUAUCUACCUUUGGAACAUCCGGGGCCUGAAGUGAAAGAUGUGAUGCCUAAAAUGCAUUUAUUUUCCAACAGUUCGUCUAGGUGGAGAAACCUAUGCUACCCACGGUCUGGUUCAGGUUUAUCAUAACAAGGCGUGGGGAUGGAUUUGUAAUCAGCAGUGGGAUGACAAGGACGCAGACGUGGUUUGUAAGGGAUUGGGGUAUGAAAAUGCUACACUUAUGUACAGUAACCCGGUGGAUAAAGGCGGAAUAAUUUGGAUGAAUUACGUACAGUGCAAUGGAAGCGAAAGAUCUCUAGUCUCGUGUGCACAUGAUGGAUGGCAAGAUCACAGCUGUGCAAAAGGUCAACUUGCCGGUGUCGUUUGCAGUAUUCCGCAAGGUCAACAUUAACUUUUAUCUCAGUAUAGUAUCAGCAUUUAAUGUACGGGUUAAAUGUAAACCCCAUUAGUAUUGGUCUGCUAGUGUUCUAUCUAAAAUGCUGCAACUAGAUUGGCUACGCAACUCACUAUCAAUUCUGUGAUAGAUAGUAGGUAAAGUGAUUUUUAUCAUGCGACAGAAGUCUCGAGCCAAAAAUCUGUUUAUAAAAUGUAAAUCUAUAUAGGAAACUCAUUUGAAAAAUUAUAAUUUGAGAUUAGAUCAAUAAUAGUGCCGUAUGUUGUGGUGUAGCUGAAGUAGUAAUCUAACAUGCCGAAUUAAGGUUUUCGUGAUCGGUAACUAGGUAACUAUAAAAUGGCGCAUAGUAGUACGGUUAAAAAAUGUUGGCUUUAGUUAAUUUGUAUUUUUAAGCGGACUUUAAAUUUGUAAGAUACAUAGCAACAGUUGAGUUGACUCUUACUGCAGGACCCCGUUCUACAUAAAAUCUGUUAUGAAAUAGUUAAAAUUUCUGCAACCGCAUUGAACCUAGUUCUAAAGGUAUUUGAGUGAAUUUGAAAACUGAAUUUUGAUUCAAGUAAUCAUAAAAUUUGAAGGAAAAAAUUAUUAUAAAUUUGAUAAUUAAAUUUAAAUAACUUUUAAUUUAUUAACAAUUUGGUUGAUCUUUUUUAAACAGUAAGGCUUGUUAAUGGAACAGCACCUUACAAUGGUCGUGCAGAAAUAUUCUACAAUGGAGAAUGGGGUACAAUUUGUCAUGAUUAUUGGGACAAUCCAGAAACCAAUGUCUUCUGUCGUCAGCUCGGAUUUGAAGGAGCAAUUACAGGACUUCGCUCUGCUGCAUUUGGAGAAGGCUCUGGAAUGAUAUGGAUGGAUGACAUCAACUGUACCGGACAGGAGACUGCAAUAUCUCAGUGUGUACACAAAGGAUGGAGAGUAACAGACUGUAAACACAGCCAAGAUGCCGGUGUGAUUUGCAUCCCAAAAGGUGAAAUGAUCUUAAAAGAUAUCAUGGAGCAUGAUUAUUGUGACCUUAAUGGCUAUUGUAAGAACGCUUACACCUUGUGCUCUGUCGUCAAUGGAUAAAACUUUGUCAAAAAAACUUUUUGCCAUUUAGUGACUUUAAACACAGGUAAAAUAUGUUUGCAGCAAAUUGCGUAUGAAGUAUAGAGGUAGCCAUCUUGUCAUUUUGCUCGUAUUCUUUGGAGUUCAUCCUCCAUAGAUCCACGUAUAUUUUUCAUACGUGACACCCUAAAUACUUUAAAGACGCAUUCGCUUGGAACUCAUACACUCCUGUAACUUGCCUUGCCAACGACCAACACCGAUCUUUUUGCUGUUAGUUCGCCUAGGUGGAGAUAAAUAUUUAGGCGAGGGUCUGGUUCAAGUUUAUCACGAAAAGACAUGGGGCUGGAUUUGCUAUGAAAAAUGGGACAAACAGAAUGCUGAUGUGCUUUGUCGAGAGUUAGGAUACACAAAUGCUUCUUCAUCAUACAGCAGUUCCGCGAACAGGGUCGGUAAGGUGUGGAUGAAUAAUGUGCAGUGUCAGGGAACUGAAAGAUCGUUAUUUCUCUGUGCCCAUGAUGGUUGGAGAUCUCAUAGCUGUACAAACGGUCAAGUGGCUGGCGUGUUUUGUGCUGUUCCUGAAGGUGAGCGAAUUUUGUAAUCAGACAUAAUUUUAAACCAAAUUUGACCGACAGAAAUCGAUAAAAUGAAUUUAAGAGUGUCCACGAAAGUAUCAGGCAGUUGUGUUACAUGCUAUCAAACCGAUUUCAAUAAAACUUUGCCAGUUUGAAGGCUCUACCCCAAAAUUCAUACAGACAAAAUGGUUUCUGUUUUGACAUAGCUGGAUGUUACUCUGGUUUACAGAUUUAAUGAAUGUAACCGAAGAAGUCACAAUUCAUAGACCCAACGUUUCGACACUCUUGUCUAGUGCCUUCAUCAGGGGUGAUCUAAACACUGCAACAAGAGGUCCUUUUUUAUAUGAUCAAUAAUUUGCUGCCUUUUUUUCUGACGAGGUGUAAAUAGGAGUCAGGAAACAGGCCGCCAUCGUCACGACGAGGAGCGGUUUCUGUUUUGGUUAUUUCUGGGGGGAGAUGGACCAACCCUAGUUUUUCUUGGUUUUUGCAAGAAAAUCGCUUCAAAAUAGGUGAUAGGAUUACUCUGAGAGUUUGCAUGUAUAUUUUUACAUCCUUUAUAAAUGUUCAACGCAAGUAUCAGUCAAUUUGAUUGACAACUUGUCAAUCAACGCUGUCAAAAAAAUGACCGUGUUUUUAGACUUUUCGAUUCAUCUAAAUAUUUGAUAACUUUGAGGUCAAAUAUCUCUCCUCGCCUGAAAGCUACAACACUAGUCUUAAUUCCUCUUUAUAAUCCAUCACUUCAUCUCUGAAUACCAUCGAAAAAAUAUUUGGGCACUGCCGUAUUUUUGUUUUGGAUGCCUUUUCAAAUCCGCGACUGUGACAAGCUUCUAUCAACUACACUUAUCACGCAACACAUGACUCUAAGCGGUCACUUAAGCAAAUAAACCUAUAUUUCAUAGCUCGUUAUACAUGAUGAUUGAUUAGGAAGUUAAGAAAUGUAGAGAACUUUCGAGAUUUCCUGCAGGAAUGGAUAAUUUAAUGUUAAGAGAGAUGCAAUUUGGCGAAAUGUUGAUGGGAAAAUCGUAGUAUUUCCAUCUUCUGUCGUUUAUUACUUUGGAGAUUUGCUAAAAUCAGGAAAUAUGGCUUUUGAACAGCACAAAACAUAUGCUUUAUAAUAAGUCUAUGAUUUGGUUGUUUAUUAUUAUUAUUGCACAGUCCACAAUAAGGAAAUUGCAACAGAAGGGGAGAUUUUAAGUCACAUGUCGCGCGCUGGAUGACGAGAAACUCUGCCCCUUCGUUUGAUUGGAAAUAUCAAUAGCUCCAACAAAUUCAUAAACUGCGCUAUUUUUCCAGAAAAUAAGACUAGAAAAUGUUGUUUCCACUUUCCACCGUAAAGAAAUUCCACGCCGCAGAAAUAGUAUAUAUAUAGUAGUGUGACUGCGUGACCUCUCUCGAGAAGUACAAAAAACUUGUGCACUAUUUUUUUCAAGGUAACACUUCUAGAAAUUUCAUAAACCAUCUGUUAUGUCUGAUUCGCCUGCUUUUGACAGCAAAUAUCAUCUGCAUUUCUCAUUAUUUUCGCUGAAUUUCAUGGCCUUUCCUGAGUGCACGUAUACAACACUCUUUUGAGUUUCAUUGCGUGUUGUCUGGUCUAGAUGUGUCAGUCUGGCUCAAUAAGGGCAAGCAAUACGGGUUCCUUUGUUUCUCCUUUUUCUCUAUUUGUGUUUUUAUUUUCUUUCUUGCGUUAUCAUAUAUGUAUGUUUUAUUUUUAAUCCCUCCGCGCGUUCUCUCAGAUUUGGAAGAAGGCUAUGAAAAGUCAGUAUUGACCAGAACUAAACCCUUUCUACUUCAAAAAACCCUUGGUAUUUAUAACUUUUUUCCCAAGAGAAUGUGGUUUUAUUUGCCAUUUAAUGAGAUUACAACAUGAAACUAGGUUCCAAAAAGUGUUAUGAAUCGUGACCCCCAAAAACUGUUUGCGACAACAUAAAUUGAGAAAUCAAAAGCAAUUACGCAUGUGAAAUUCGCUUUCAGCGUUUUAGCCGCAAGAGGCAAAUUCAUGCCUUUGAAGCGUUCUAUCACUUUUUUAAAUUAGAUAUGUUACAUGGACGAGUAUGUAAUGUGUUGAGGGGUCAAAUAUUUACACUUGAUCUGUCACUGUCAAACAGGUCACGUACUUGUACAUGAAACGACCGAAAAAUGUCACGCAUUUACAACACCGUAGGCGCACCUGAGGAAUUCCUUCCGUUUGCUUCUAUCGAAAAUGGACUACCGAAGACUUUGUGAUUCGUGCGUGACACAUGUCAAAUGAUGAGUGUGAACAUUAUGUCAAGAGCUAGAAGCACCGCCUUCGUGAUUUUGGGACAUUGAUCGGUUUGCAUAAUAGCAGAAACUUUGAAUGACCUUUUAUGUUAGUACUUAGCAACAACCAAUCACAAUGUAGAGAGUGUGUAUAAGAAAGUGAUUUCGUUACAAAUUAUGCAGAGUAGCUCUUUACACACCCGCUGUAAAUGAGUGAAUACGAGAGUGGAAUAAAACACUUUGAUUGAGUCUAGUUCGUUAGAAUUGUAUCCCUAGUAAACGGGACAAAGUUUACGAAAAGAAAACUUACCUACAAUUUAUAAUAAAGAGAGCUUAUCUACCGUACUUGUAAAACUCCUUGAUGAAGUCUGCUAUUGUCAAACGAAACGCGUGGGAGAUAAAUACAAGUUUUUACUUUCUUAGUUCAUGCAGUGAUGCUCACUACUUUGUUCCGUCAAUACUAGAAAAAAGCUCGCCUUUGAUGUGUAGUCACGUCGCUUUGAUGUGAAGUCGCGUCAACCUUGACAAAAAAAUUAGGCUCACUCCAUUACAAUCAAUGGUUAGAUACUGUAAGUGUCAAUUAGGGUACGUCAUUGCGCUUUGAUCACAGCACGGAAAAAUGUGCUUUUCCUCACGCUCGCUGCACCUAAUAUAACAUGUGGAAUAUCAUUUCACUCGAGGAGGAGGUCACUUAGAUUGAUGCGUCUUAACUCUGGCGGACGAUAAUUUCCAAAGAUGCGGCGAGGUGACCUCUCUAUUGAGCCCCAUGAAAUUCUAGUCAAACGGUGUUAAAAUUUCAAUCCCUCGCUAGCCAGGUGGACUUUGGAUAGGCCCUUUGGAAAACGCAAAAAGCAGUCGCCUUUUCUCAGAAAGCAAAGAAUUAUCUCCUAGACAUGUGCUAGACAGGGGAGGAAACUAGUCACAAGGCAACCGCUUCUAAUGUGGCUUCGCAGAUAGAGCUUCAGAGAGGAAACCGGCCAGAAAUGUUGUCUGAGACUAAAUGGUCGAUAGAGCAGCAGAUUGCUAGAUUCUUCAGCCAACGCUCUGCCCUGACAAAAACUGGUUUAAUUAAGAGGUCCUCCUCUGUAAUUAUGAAUGAGGACGAAGAAGCCAAUGCCGAUGAUCCAGCUUCAGAAGUCAAAACUGACCGAACAAGGCACAAGAUAUGGAGAGACCCACAAAAUUUAGACGAAGACAACGGGAGAUGGUACAGCUGUUAUUAGGUUGCAAAACAUACACACCCUCCAUCAGACUUUUCUUCCAAAUUUAUUGUCAUUACCCACGAAAACAACCGGGUAUGUUUUCAGAUUUAUUCAUCAAGGGAAAUUUUUUGGAAGCCUACUGGUCAAAAUAUUGCUGGCUAACUCUUUAGUCACGAAAUUCAACGCCAACAACCCUCGAUCGAGAGAGAGGCAGAUUUACAUGUAGUUAUGGAAUGCUUACAAAAAAUAAUAGUAAUAAAUGAGUUCAGAUAUUUUACGAUCGAAUAUUUCAAAAUUGAUAUCUAGUAGACAACAUGAGCAACGCGCUUGAAUAAUUCCUAGUAGUCCUCGGGUCACGCCACAAAUGUUAGUUUGGCGGAGUUCUGCAUGGAAUUGCUCGAUGGCGGUAGGUGACAACGACAACACUAUUUUAGCUUUAUUUUCGGAAUACCAGCAAAGUAUUUUUUAAUUUGAUAAAGCUAUCGAUAUCUCCUCCCAACCGAGAGGGCAGAAUUUUCCUCUGUAAAGGCCGAAGUUGUGGCAUAUAGGAGCUUGUAUCUCAACAAACAUGUGACUUUUAAAAUCUCCUAAAAUGAGGGAUAAUGAUUAUAAACUACCAAAUCGUAAACUAAUGACUGUUUUGUGCCGUACAAAAGCCAAAUUUACUGAUUUUAGCAAACCUUCAAAGAUGUAAACGACAGAAGAAAGAAACGCUACGAUUUUCAGAUCAACAUUUCUCCUACAUGCUUCUCUCUCAACGUGAAAUUUUCCAUUCCAACAGAAAAUCUCGAAACUUUUUUUACAAUUCUUAGCCUUAUCGAUUAAUCAUCUUGUAUGACGAGCUACAAAAUGAAGGUUUGUUCGCCUAAGAGACCGCUUACAGCCAGAAUUGCGUGACAGGUGUAGUUGAAAGAAGCUUGUCACGGUCGUAGAUUUUAAAAGGCAUCCAAGACAAAAAUACGGCAGCGCCCAAACACUUUUUUAAAGCUUUCAGAGACGAAAUGAUCUAUUAUAAAGGGGAAUUAAAGUUAGUGUUGUAGCUUUCUGGCAAGGGGACAUAUGUGACCUCGAAGUUAUAAAAAAUUUGGAUGAAUCGAAAAGUUAAAAAAUAACAGUCAUUUAUUUGCCUCCGUUGAUUCACAAGCCGUUAAACAAAUUGACUGAUACUUGCAUCCUACAUUCAUUUUGGAACAAUAUGUAUGCAAACCCUCAGAGUAAUCGGUUGAAUACUAACGCAGUGAGAGCUUCAUACAUUUUACCAACUUUAUGAAACCAAAAACACUGGGGGGUUGUUCCAUCCCCUUCCGGAAAUAACCAAAACAGAAACCGUUUUGUCGUUGAAAUCGGUGAGAUGCAAUGCAGCACGACAGCCUGGUGCUCUCCAAAGUGUGCCGUUGUAUACCGGGACGAGGAACUAAACGAUUAUUUCUCUGGGCAAAUGCCUAAAGACCAAACAUAAUGGAAAUAGAACACGAACUUCUAGGCUCUUUUCUUCAAGAAGUAUAUCUAGAUCAUUCCCCUGUAAGAACGAAGCACGUGAGUAAUUUUUUUAUAUUGAAAAUUACUUUUUUGUUUGACAUCUACUUUACAACUGCGGCCUUAAAUACACAACUUAAAAUCUGGGUUCAUCCCUUGAUGUUUUCGUUUAGAAUAACUAAAAUGAGAUAGACGGAUAUGGAAUAUGUUGUGGUUUUAGCGAAUUUAUGGCGCGGCCAGCCAACAUAUUCGAGAAAUUUUUGAAAAAAUCACCUUAAAAAAAAUGCACGUAGUACUCUUAUCUAACAAAAUACAAUUGCUGAAAGUUGAAUCUUCGCUCUGAGUGACCUACAUUUUGUUUAUAGCUAAAUUAAAGGGAAAGAAUGAAUAAAAAGAUAUCAGAAUUCAGGAUAAUUGUGAAAGGGUUCAGAUCAGGUUCAGAUUUAUUUAGAAUUACUUCAAAUAUUCAAACACGAAGAUAACUUGAAGAAGAGUUUUAAGAGCUUACAUGGCCAGAAUUCGAACAUUUCCAAAAUAUGGUGGCAACGACCAAAAAAUUAAUUCGGCUAGUAUUCUCAAGUUAGGGAGGCCGUGGAGUGAAACAAACCAAUGCACACUUUGUUUAGCCGAAUAUUGAUUUAUUUUCGAGAAAAUCGAUAAUAACUGAAUUCCACCAAAGUGCUGUUUUUGAAGCUCAAAAUUUCAGGCGAAUCUUGGGGCGUCGCGUCAAAAAUUGAAAAAACCUGGACCGAUUAAAAAAAAGCACAUCUUAAAAAAAAAAUCACAAUGUAUGUUCUCAGAAGUUUGGGCAAUGCUCGACCAUUUAUUAACACCACACAAUUAAAUUAAUGCGACCAACUUCUUACUUCAUAGAAAACAGGUAUAUUUAUAUGUACACUUCUUCUUCCCCAGAGGCUAUCAUGCCUCGUGAAGUUAGUCGUGCCAAUAGUAAGACUACAACCCAGAUAGCACGUUCUCAUAUUAACGUUAUCUUUUCCGGGCAGUGGUCCAAAAAAGCUUACGUUUGGUUAUAAAACCAUUUCUGCGUUUCUCGAAACGAAACUCAAGAAACGCUUAGAGUAAUCAUUGCAUCAGCUGAUACAGCAGACUUGAGUACAGGUCGAUAUACCUCACAUCGGGGACUUAGCGUAAAAUACAUGUCCCGUGCGCGUUAAUUGUGCUGAUAUUGUAAAUUUUAAACGGUGGCUUUUAAAAGAAUAAACCCUGUUGGUUAGAUAUUUAAUAAUCUUGCCAAAGUGGCAAGCCGAAUAAGCUGUAAUCUAUCCCCCUCAAUUAUAGUCGGGUCCAAAGGCAUCAAGGCGUCAAUGAAUUAUACGGCAGUGCAUUACAGAGCGUAGAUAAUGCGUAAUGACGAAUUUAACACGAGCCUGUUGUCUGGUCUGACCAGAAUUUCACGCCCAUUUCUAAAGGACUAACGUAUAGAUUUUUUUAGAAAAAACAAAGUAAACAAACCCAUAAGAGAUGAACUUCGUUUGUCUCACGAUGGAGUCACUUUGGAUGUUGAUCGCGACGUUUCGACUGCAAUAUUUCUAGUCUUCACCAGGCAAUGAGGUUGAUUGUUUAGGUGUCGCUAUUUAUAGCACGUUGGUUCGCUGCUAUUGAUGACAAACGCAUGAAGUUCAUCUCCUAUCUUACAUCGCAAUGAAAAAUAAACGAAUAUUUUACAACAGUGAACAAACCCAUGUUGAGCUUAUCUCCUCAGUCUUUCCUUCGAAGGUCAAAAAUUUAAAAAGUAAAUAACAACUUUUCAUAGACCGCGCGUUAAAAAGAAACCUCUCCGUAUUCAACUAUAACGGAUUACAAAAGUACGCUAGCGAUCAUUAAGAUUUGCCGACAGGGCGUAGAUCUUUUCCCUGGCAAGAAAUUCAAGGUUUGCAUUGGAUAUUUUAGUCUAUGCCCUAACCACCACACUUGUCAACUAAUUCUUACAAAAUAUCUAUAUGGGGCUGCUUGCGCUGACUUGCUAUUGAAGAUACGUCCAGCUCAAGCACGGUGCAAACUGUAAUAACACGAAGGACAACUAAGAUAAGAAACUGAGACGUUUACUCAAUCGAAUCUACAUAGCAACUGACAACGAAUAUUUAAGGGUUUAACUUGCGGGAGCGGGUCCCUAGAGGACGCAUAUGCCUCUAAGUUUCACAAUAUAACGCAUUCUAUUAAAAAAAAAUCUCCCGCAGCAUCCACACAGAAACCUCUGACAGCUUCGACUAGCCCACAGAUUCACAGAUGGUGUAUUUGUCAAAUAUGACUGGAUGCUAAAGAGCAAAAGUCAUCAUUACUUCCUCAGUAAGUUCUUGGAUGUCUUUCUCUUUGUAUGCCUCAUAUCUUUCAACACCUUCGCCGCAAAAGCUGAAAUUUUUUUUUCGCUGUUAACCUAAGAAACAUCCUGUCAUCUCCUGAGGUGCGAGGAAGUAUUCCUUUUUAAAGACACUAGAGCUGUCGCUGUGCUCAGCUCUUCGCAUUGCAUUCUUCGAAAUGAUAGUGGGAUCAGCCUUCUGCCCAGUACGUUCCUUCAGUAAGAUAGUUUUUCUAAGCAUCGGCGAGGUUCUUCCUUGUUGCUAUCGCUGACUUCAGAGCCGAGCCCAUCAGUGGUGCUGGACCUUCAUCCUCUUACGAUAUAUAUAUAUAUACAUCUUCAUCCUCAGUUUCAGGAACUGCAUCUACGCCAUGCUCCAGUUUAGCUGCGUACAAUGCCAUUGCCUUGUCGCACAGCCUUUCUUGUCCUAGGGUUCUAGGGUGUACUUGUGUUUGCCACAGUUCAGAUGUCCUUUAAGGACGAGAACUGCUGGAAAGACUUGAUAUGGCCCUCUUCUGGCCAAUAAAACAGCCCACUCCCUUUUUCACAGCUUUCGUCGUCACAGUCAUUCUCUCGUGCUGAGGUCUUUGCUAAUUCUGUUGUUUUUUUGCGCUUCGUCUAGCUUUGACGGUUUGAAAAUAAAUGUUGGAAAUCGCAUUAGUAUGCUUGUUUAACUGAGGAAGAGGGCUACUGCUUCGUUAACAGAAACUUCCCCGAGGUAAAAAUUUACCGCAAACCAACUCCAUAAGCUCUUCACCCUAACACACCUUUGUUGGUGUAUGCAAUGUUAUUAAUAAAACUCUUACUCGUUCCCACUUCACUGGCGUUGAAUUUGCAGUAAGUACGUUGAGGACCAAUCAAAGUCACGCUGAGUCCAGCCAUUCCGUCAGAUGACCCAUGGUUGUCAUCAUUUGCUAUGUUGUCUCGAUGUCAUGGCCAGAAUUGAGAUUCUCAUUUGAUUUUUUAUUUUGGCGACUUCACAUUCACAUGAUCCUUUCUACCUUGGGGGUCUGAAAAGUGAACGCGCUUCAGGUUGAUUCUUUGCUUAUUGAAGUUCUUCUUUAGAUAAUCGGUAAGGUGUAAGCGGUUACGCUAACCAAACAAAAGUAAGAGAGCACGAAGGUUCAAAACUUAUCAAAAUACAGUAACUGUAGCAAGCAGUGGUUUUAGUCACCGAACUAGGUUUAUCUUUCGCUCUUUUUGUCCUAUAGACCAGAAAACAGGCUUGUGUUAAAUUCGUCGUUACGCAUCAUCUACGCUCUAUAAUGUACUACCAUAAAAUUCAUUAUUGCUCUGGAUCCGACUAUAUUUGAGGGGGAUAGAUUACUGCUUCUUCGGCUAAUUUCUUGGGCAAGAUUACUAAAUAUCGAACUAGCAGGGUUUACUCUUUUAAAAGCCACUGUUUAAAAUUUACAAUAUCAGCACAAUUACUGGAGUGUUGGGCUAUGCCCUUUAGAGAUAUUUCGCUUUAUCCACCUAAAACACUAAUUAAAAAAAUACCAUGAUUCAUUUAAUCAUGAUACAAUUACUUUUCGCAGAAAAAGUUUUAUUCAGCAAGUUUCGCAAGUUAAUAACAUUCUGCAAUGCACAAAGCUGCCCAUUUUGGGUGUUACGUUUCAGAAGAAUUGUAAAUAUAGCGAACACGUACGUGCUAAGUUGAUAAAGGCAAAUAAGUGUCUGUUUGUAUCAAGAUCUUUAUGGAAGGUUUCAGUCAAGGUGAAGUAGACCACCUAUUUAGCGCCUUAGUUUUACCAAAUUUCACUUAUGGUUUGCCUGUUUAUGGCGCCAUAGACUCAGAUCUCACGGUCAUACAAAACUUUAUAGACAAAUGCUUUAAAAGGAAAUACACAUCUAAGAGAAUGGAACACUCGAGAACUUUUAGAAAAGGCAGAUAAGAAGAUUUUCAUGGUAGGUUCAGUGGAUCCCGAUCGCCUGCUUAGUAACAUCAUUCCGAAGAAGAAAGAAACAAAGUACCAACUCAGAAACAAAAGUACUCAUCGCCCGGAUAUAAAGACUGACAGAUUUAAGAAUGUUUUUGUAAAUAGGCUUAUCUUUAAAUAUAAUCUUUGAUAUUUCUAUUAUUCUUCUUAGUAUGUCUUAUGUUUAUAUAUACAGUGUGUCUUAUGAAUUUUUAGACUCCUAACUGCUGAUGUAAGUUAAGAUAUGUCUUUUUAUCUUAGGAGGAAUAAAUAUUGAUUGAUUGAUUGAUUUAAUUAUUAUCGGGGUUAGAUGAUUGUUUGCUCCUGUUUCGUAUAUUUAUAGCUUGACCUAAAUUCACGAAGCCGCAUGUCAUUUACAGUCCAAUGUUCCAUUUUUGCGGAGUGGUUGCUUUCAGUAGACCUCAUUUUGAAUUAACUUGCGUUAUUCCGCACACGAGAAACAUGUUUCUGAACUAGCAACAUUCCGCCUCCAUUUGGUUCGCAGUUCGGUUGAAUACUAAUAUUCUGUGAAAUAACGGUAGAUUGGAUGUAGAAUGCAAAACAGUUUAGUUCGCAGGCGUGUGUGUACAUUUUCGACUAAUUGACGGCACCAUCGAAUUGGCGUAUUUUAUCCAACUUUAUAUUUGAGUAAAUCGUGCUGAAUCAUUUCCCCAAAAAUUCUUUGGAGAUUGAAAAAGAAUCACACUUCAUCUUCCAAAAGCCAGAUUUUGUGUAGUACAUAGUGAAAAAACGGUUUGCUUUUGACCUAUUUUUUAUGUAGUAAGAAGUUGGGCGGAUAAAUUCAAUUAGAUUGUGUAAAUAAAUGGCCAAGAAUUGCUCAAAUUGCUAACAAAAUAUAUUUUAUGGUUUUUUAUAAGAUUUGGUACUUUCUAUUGGUCCAGGAUUUUUCAAUAUUUGACACGACGCUCCGAGAUUCACCUAAAAAGCUUCAAAAGUUAUUAUCGAUUUCCUCGAAAAUAAAUCGAUAUUCAGCCAAAUGAAAAAUGCUGCCAUUUAUUUCCCAUUGAGACCUACUUAACCUUGAAUAUGAGCGAAAAUGAGUUUCAGCUGUUGCCAUCAAAUGUUUGACCGUUGGUAACAAUCGCUCUCAACUGUCAUAUCGAGUAACUGUGAGAUUAAUGGUGAACGUUUUAUAUCCCAUCACCAGUGCGUUUAGUCGGUGGAACUGCGACAUACAAGGGCCGUGUCGAAAUUUUCUUUAAUGGGGCCUGGGGAACGAUCUGUCACGACUACUGGGAACUGCCAGAAGCUAAUGUUAUCUGUCGUCAGCUGGGAUUCGAUGGAGGUCUACUAGCUCUUCGUAAUGCUGCUUACGGGCAAGGGUCAGGGAUCAUAUGGAUGGAUAAUGUAAAUUGUACUGGGAAGGAGGAAGCAAUAUCUAGGUGUAAACAUAAAGGAUGGAGAGUGUCAGAUUGUGACCAUACUCAAGAUGCCAGUGUCAUUUGUACUCCAAAAGGUGAGGGUUAAGUAAAGCACGAGAAAAUAAAUGAAGUAAGGUGAAAAUAGACAUGGUUUUUUAAAUAACAAAUGAGAGGGGGCAAUUGACCAAAACCGACGAACCCAUACACAAGAUUCCGUUUCUGAGCCAGUGUAGGUAACGUUAAGAUUGAUUUGAUUUCAUGUAUUUUCACGCAGUCCGUUUGGGUAAUGACGUUUUCGCAAGUGACGGCCUGGUUCAAGUUUACCACAGCAAAACAUGGGGCUGGAUCUGUGAUCAGCAGUGGGACCAAAACGACGCGGAUGUUGUUUGUCGCGAGCUUGGAUACACAAACGCUCUUUCAACUUACAGCCAGCCCUCAAGCAAACAUGGGAAUGUAUGGAUGAACAAUGUGCACUGUGUUGGCAAUGAAACAUCACUGUUUCUAUGUAGACACGACGGGUGGAAAAGACAUCACUGUCACAGCAGCCAACUGGCCGGUGUAGUAUGCAAAACUCCUAAAGGUAAAUAUAAGACAUCUUGUAACCUUGCAUGUAUUUCCCCCAAAAAGUAUGCAAUUGAUGGAUUUUAAAUCCUUUAGGGAUUAGACGAACCCAACCCCCACCUUCCGCACACAAAAUCCCUAUACUUCUUAGCCAAUAUUCUUUUUGAAAAAUAUUUCUUUGCCUUGGCAAGAAACUAGCAUUGCUUUAACAAGAUGCAAACAGGAACACAAAAGGUCUAACUUAAAUCAUUUAUCUCUUAAUUUCGUUCACUCGACAGUCAGGUUAGUUGGGGGAGCUGCUUCAUAUCAAGGUCGAGUUGAAUUAUUUUACGAUGGAGUCUGGGGAACAAUAUGCCAUGAUUAUUGGGAAAUGCCGGAAGCCAAUGUAGUCUGUCGACAACUGGGAUUCGAACGAGCAUUAGAAGCUCUCCGUUCUGCGGCCUUUGGAGAAGGUUCAGGCGUGAUUUGGAUGGAUAAUGUAAACUGUACUGGAAGUGAGACUGCAAUUACCCGUUGUAAACAUAACGGAUGGAGAACGACGGACUGCACGCAUAAGCAAGAUGCCAGCGUGAUUUGCACACCAAAAGGUAAAAUAUACUAAGCCAGAAGAACAACAUCAGAAAAAUGAUAUACUUAUAAUAUCUGGCCGUUAGUACGAAAACUAAAAAGAUAUUUUCAGACAGUUUCCCUGUACGAUAAAGAAGAUAUUUCUUUUACAUAGGUACAAAAUCAACAACGAAAAAAAAAAAAAGGUCGGGAUUACCUUGUAGAAUCUGAAAUAUAUUUCCAAAAAGUUUUUUGAGCGACGGAUAAUAACGUUUUUGAUAGCUAGAUCAAGUUCUUUAGACAGCUAAAACAAACCAAUCUCCAAAAAAGAGAAUUAGAGAAUUCUAGGAUUUAUGCAUUGGUUUUAGAAUUUAUUUUACACAGCCUUUGCUAGCUCUGUGAAAAACCACUAUCCUCCACCUAUGAAAAAGCUUUCUCGUUUAAUUCGUAUUUUGAAUCUUUGGUUCCAUUUUUCUAAUUUUUUUCUAAGUUCUAAAACUUGCCAGUAUUAGCUGCGUAUGAAGUCGAUGUGGAAUUGCCCUUUAAUUGCAAACAUUUAGUUUGAUGAAUAAUUUAAGAAGAAUACCAACUUCCCUUACAGUUCGUUUAGGUGAAAAGCUACUUGCACACCAAGGUGUCGUCCAAGUUUACUAUAACAAAACAUGGGGUUGGAUCUGUGACAAGGAGUGGGACAAAUACGACGCGAAUGUGGUCUGUAGACAGCUGGGUUUUGCAAACGCUACCAAUACGUACAGCACUUCUAUAGCGAAAGGUGGCUCGGUAUGGAUGGACAGUGUUCAAUGCACUGGCAAUGAAACUGCGCUUCUUCUGUGUGCGCAUGAUGGGUGGAAAAAUCACAGGUGCGCAAAUGGUCAAAUUGCUGGAGUUGUGUGCAGCGUUCCAGAAGGUAUGGAUUACGCUACAUUUAUCAUACUACUCAGGGUAAAUGUUAAUUUUCUCAAAUUCCGAAAAAAAAAUAUUGGAAAGUUGUCAAUGCUUCCAUUGCCGAAUACUUUUAAGUUAAGAUUUGUUCCUCGAAAACGCUUGAGAUAUAGAAGCUCUUGAAAACCGACUGUAUCUAUUCACAUUUGGGAAGUCCUUCGUUAGGGUUGUAGUUAAUCAGAACAGUACGUCUUCUGAAAUAACGUAAAUGUAUUUGUUGGAAAAUUUUCGACACAGGCUUGGUAAAUUCAUUGUUUUCUAACUUCACAGUCAGGUUAGUCAAUGGAGCCGUACCAUACGAAGGUCGUGUUGAAAUAUUAUAUCAUGGAAUCUGGGGAACAGUUUGUGAUGACUUUUGGGACCUUUUGGACGCACAUGUUGUUUGUAGGCAGCUCGGAUUUGAUGGAGCAAGGGAAUCACUUUUCUCUGCUGCAUUUGGACAAGGGACAGGGGUAAUAUGGUUAGAUGACGUGGGAUGUUAUGGAAACGAGACUGCGAUAUUCCGUUGUAGACACAAAGGAUGGAGAGGGAGCAACUGUGGGCACUGGGAAGAUGCCAGUGUGCGUUGUAUUCCACCAGGUGAAAGACCGAUUUUUUUAAUAUCUGAUAUGAGAGAGAUACGAUUUCUGAUUUGCUAUCCCUUGAAUAACCUUUUUAAAUAUAUACUGAAACCGUGAAUAGCGUUGAAGGCGCUCUUAUUGGCUAUCCAGACUCCAAAUAUUCUUGCUAUACACCUGCGAGCGACUUGUGCGUGAAUUGCGCCCGAGAAUAUUGUAAUCUUUGCAGAAAUAGAUGAAUUAAAGUCAUCAAUAUCAUCUCAUGUUUUAGCAUAGCUAAAAACUAUUCAACGAAAUUAUGAUAACUAGCGGUGGGUAUAAACGUCUCGUUGCAUCCUUGGAAUGAUGAGGCUGGGAUUAAGAUACACAAUAUAAAACCGAGGGAAGGGACAAGUAGAUAAAAAGCAUUAAUUGUAAACGUCUAAUCUCAUUACAUUGUCUUCUUUCUCUCAACUCGUGGUCAAGUUCCUAUACCUUACUUUCUCCUCGUUUGUAUUGAUUGGAGAUUUCUUGUAAUUCACAAGUAGAGGAGCCUUGCCUGUGCUCUGUUCUGCUGAUUACGUCUCGUGUUUCUUCCCACUUCGCGCUUUAGUGCUUCCUAAGUACUUUACAACACAACAGAGCACAGUUAAGGCUUCUCUAUUUGUUUUAUAGUUAAUAAUCCGUUAAAAUUCCCAAGGCUAUACUUUCGAUUUCCAAACAAACUUUACUUCCAAAGUGAACAGUGUCGUCAGCAUGCUCUAUACUACCAUAAAGCACGCUACAUUAAGCUUAUCAGAAUCCUUGUUAGAAUGGUUCAAAUAGUCUGAUUGGUUGAACAAGACAAAAUACUAAGCCUUCAAAGGUCACAAUCUGCAAGAGUUUAUAAAAUAAUGAAAGAGUUCGGCACAUCGAAUUUUUCAACACUUUUCCCUGUAGUGUUCUAGUCUUGAAUGAAAAAUCUGAGUGAAAUGUUCGUGAAAUUCGGCAAAAUUGAAGCUCAUAAAAGCACGCGAAUUCUCUCACACGGCAAUUAGAAAACAAACUGCUCAAGGCGUGCGUUUAUGAACGAGGGAGAGUUAGAAAUUAUGACUGGCUUAUGUCACUUGAGUGAGUUUUUUGCUAGAAAUUGUGAUGGAAAUUCAAAAUUUCAAGCCUCCACAAAACCAGUCUAUCAUUUGGAAAACGGGCGAAAAUAAUCGAGGCUUCUCUGUUCUUAGUCUGGUUUGUAUAAACUGAUUGGUCAGUUUUGCCGUGAUAUUAUUGGCUGUAAGACUCAAAUGGCUUAGGUCGGUCGUGAUUGGUCAGUCUCGAUCCGUUAGUAAAGUUAGAUCGUUCUGUUCGGUUCGUUUGAAUGGUGCCAUUAGUGGUUGACACCUGUUGAGGGGAGUCUGUUCCAAGUUAGUAAACCAGCUUUCCAGUGUCAGUCGUUGAAAGUAGUUGGUGCUGUAAGUUAGGCAUUGCGCAGAGUCCCAGUCAAUAGUGUGGUUCGUAAGUCGGUGAUGUUCAGCAAUGUGAUUGUUGACAUCGCCUUCCCUCUUCACUCGUUUAUGUUCAGUCAGUCUAGUAGUAAGGUUUCUGCCAGUCUCAUCGAUGUCGGAGUCGUGGCAGUCGGAGCAAUUGACAGGGAGCAGUUUAUAAGAUCAAUUGCUCCGACUGCCACACCUCACUACUAGACUGACUGAACACAAACGAGCGACAUUCCAUCUACAUGUAAAUAUUUUUGGAAGCUUUACUUCAAUGAAGUUUACGAAUAGAAACGAUAGAUGCCUAAUUAAUCUAUCUGUUAUUAUUUUUGUACAUUUUGCUUUGUUAGCUCCACCUGGAAACGUUCAGCUGAGAGCAAGCAAAUUUGAAGCCUGUGUGAACGACGUCAUAACCCUCAAUUGCACUGCCGUCAGCAAGUUCUCUGUAGAUACCUAUCAACUGUUUGAGAAUGAAACACUUGCACUCGUUGCCGGUAAUUUAGGUGUUUGGGUGAAAAGAAUGUCUAAAGGAGGAUUGUUUGUUUAUAAAUGUUCUGCAAAAAACGUUGGGGGAACAGGAAAUAGCACAGCUGUCACUGUUAUUGUCAACG